UGAUAGGUCCUGCUGGCAGCACAUCUGCGUCACCAAUAAAACCCUAUCUACAACCGAGGCCCCUAUUUCAAGGAUUGUGGAAUCAUUUAGAGAUACAAUUUCUGCCCGAGUCUACGGAAUGCUUUACAAGCUCCUAGAUCGCAAUGAAUUCAUGAGGAUACCACACCUUUUUCCUCCUUUGGAAACGAUCCAAUCUCUUUUUAUAGCAUAUCGGGCAGCAUUUCUACCCCUUUACCCUAUUGCCCAUACCUCCAUGUUCUCCGAAAGCAGUUGGGAUACCAAUAACCCUUACGCAGAUAUUGGAAUUUUUCUUACUACAGCUAUGGUUCUCGGCUGUCUCGUUACGCCAGUAGAAGAAGCGCGAUUAUUCUCAACCGAAUUGGGGUACCUCAUUCGCCUAACCAUUACCGAAGGCGCAACACAGGAUGAAACUCGCCUUACUGACAAAUGGGUUUUAAGCGCGUGGGUCAUGAUUACAGUCUUCAGUGCUUGGUCUGGUAUCAAGAGACACAUGGAGAUGGCAGAGGCCUAUAAAGGUAUCUUGAGUGCUGUAUGUGUAUUGGUGAGUUUAGCACAGGAGAGUUGCUAAUGAUGAAACCAGUUCUUCCUUCGGCGGGGAUAUUUUCGGUCACACUGCA